CAUUGACUUUUUCUACCACCAACCAACCAUAUUAAAGCGCACACCGUAAUUUCAUGUUACCAGCCCCACCGUAUCUAACCAGAGAAAAGAACCACCCAGAAGCGCUUUCCGCUGCCGUUUCCUUUUUCUCUUUUUCUGCUUUCCCGUUUCGCUCGUCGAUGCAGUGGGUGGACCCGGUUCCCUGACCCGCCACUCUUUUUCGACCGAGUUCGUGACUCGGCCCCGCGACAUCAUCAUCACGCACUCCUCCUCCUUCAUCCUCGGUAUUGCCAUAAAUUUCAGAAAUGGGUACGUCGAUAAGGUCAAAGCUCGAACCUUUAUGUAACUUUUGCUGUCGGUGCUUCUCUGAAACCCGCGUCUACUUUGCACAUAGCGGCAAUGGCAGAAUCCUUGGAAGCCGUCGCCGAUGGUUUUCCAGCAACGCCGAGCAUGAGGGAAGUGAGACCCGAGACGAAAACCGGGCCCCAGCAGCUCGGUGCUGGAAUCGGGUCGGGUGGGAACCCGGUUCUGGGGAUAAGGAGGGUAGGUUUGAGAGCUGAAAUUGAUACGUCCCCCCCAUUCGGGUCUGUUAAGGAGGCGGUGACCCGUUUUGAAGGAAGCGGGCCUUACCAGAACAGUAUUGAAGACUUUGACAUAAAGAAAGUGGAGGAACAAGCAGCAAAGUUGGAGAAGGAUUUGAUAGUGAAAGAACUUGAAACACUUGAUUUGCUUGAAGAACUAGGAGCUACCAAAACGAUUGUGGAGGAUUUAAAGCAGCAGCUACAUACAGAAGCAUUGAAAUGUUUUGCAACUCCAGACACGAAUUCGCAUGAACAGGUUGGAGCUCCUGUCAUUAAUGAGAUGAAUCAGGAAAAUGAUGUAAAUAUUGUCAACAAUCAAGAACAGAUAUUGCAUAGUCCAAGCCCAUUGUCUACGUCAUCACCUGAUCUGUUAUUAAAGGAGUUCAAAAAAGCUAAAAUGAACCUUGGUAAAACCAUUAAUCAUCUUAGGGCUAUACAAUCUUCAGUUACAUCUUUGAAUGAGAAGAUGAAGAAGGAGAGACUUUUUUUUGAGAGGGCACGUGAGAAGCUGUCAUCAAAGUUUGCAGCUGUCUCUGCACAGGAUGUGGCCCAAAAAGAAGCAAGGUUAAAGCCACCAGCAGCUCCUGUAGGAACAAGUUGCACUCUUCAUAAUCCCCAAAAUGUUGUUAGCAAUUUCAAAUUUGAUGCUGGACAGUACAAUAGAAUGAUUGAGACAAGAAGCUCUGAAGUUUCAAAGCCCUUGCCUGAAUAUGAAGAGAAUGGAUUGAGUAUUAAGACUGCUGAGAUGAGGUUUUUUGCAGCUAAAAAGAUGGAAGAAGCUGCAAGGGCAGCAGAAGCUGUUGCUCUUGCUGAAAUCAAGGCACUAUCUUGUGCUGAGACAUCAUCAGAAUUUGCUCUGCCAGAACAUAAGAAAGUGACUUUUGCCUUAGGGGAGUACUCUCCUCUAAAUCCCAAUGUUCAAAUACCUGAAGAGUCUACUAUGAAGAAGGUUAUAGAUUCCAAGUUCCAAAUUGACCAAAUAAAUACUUGUAAACUGACUAUUUUAAGAAAAUUGGAGGAAGCAACAGAAGAAGUUCAACACAGCAAACAAAUCUUGAUAGAGGCUUUAAACAGUGUUGAAACUGCAAACCGAAAGCAAAAUGCUGCUGAAGAGGCUCUUCGUAGAUGGAUUCUCGAGGAUGAUCCGAAGGAACAUGCAGUGUACAACUCUAUAAAGCGCAACAAAUUUGAUCAAGAUUCUCCUCUACCGGAUGUGACCAAGUCAACAACAGUGAACAAUGAUCCGAAGCCUGUUUUAAGGUCCACAGUUUCACUGAGAGAUGUACUUAGCAGAAAGCAAGUUCCUGAAACAACGGAGAUGGAAGAACACACUGAAACAAAGGUAGCAUUGAGUCAAAUGCUUCGAGCAUUGAGGGAUGAUCUAACUCUUCCAACAAAACCUGAAAAAGAUGAGAGCAAUCAAAAGCAGUUCAUAGCACAGAGGAAGAAGUUUGGAUUCAUCCAAAUAUCAUUCCCUUUGGGAAAGAGAAAUAAGAAAAGGGAAUGAAUUUAAUCCUAAUGUUUAUGCAUGGAUCAAUGUCUUGCCAUUCUUUAUAGUUUCUUGUGUUAUGUUUGCGUUUUUGUUAGUCGUGUAGGAGUUUGUGACGGUGUCUCAUUUUGUAAAAUAUGUUGUUCCUGAGUGAUUGAUUGGGUUGCAAUAUGCAACUAGCUUAGCAUUGACGGGGCUAGUAAUUUAAAUUUUAUCUUUGCAUUUCCAAAUUUUAUAUGGAUUCUUUGUAAUUGAAUUUGCAGUACUGUCUGGUGCACUUGUAAUUAUAAAAUAAGUUUGAUAUUUC